AUGAAUGUUGAGGUGGCACACAGUGAACUAAACCCCAACACUCGAGUGAUGAAUAGUCGGGGCAUCUGGCUGGCUUAUGCCAUCUUGGUAGGACUGCUGCAUAUGGUUCUACUCAGCAUCCCCUUCUUCUUCAGCAUUCCUGUUGUCUGGACCCUGACCAAUGUCAUCCACAACUUGUACAAGGCCCAGGCAAUGUAUAUCUUCUUACACACUGUGAAAAGGACACCCUUUGAGACUUCUGUCCAAGGAAAGGCUUGGCUUUUUAUACACUGGGAACAAAUGGACUAUGGACUCCAGUUUACCUCUUCCCGCAAAUUUCUGAGCAUCUCUCCUAUUGUACUCUACCUCCUAGCCAGCUUCUAUACCAAGUAUGAUGCUGCUCGUUUCCUCAUCAACACUGCCUCACUGCUCAGCAUACUGCUGCCUAAAUUACCCCAAUUCCAUGGGGUUCAUCUCUUUGGCAUCAACAAAUACUGAGGAAUGGAUUGAAGAGACCUCCACAG